AUGACAUCUCCAAUACAAGUGGUGUCUUCCUCAGAUGUCCCUUGGAAGAAGAUUCGAAUGGUAGCCUUGGUGUUGGGCGCUGCUGCUGUGGUGGUUUUCAAUCUGGCAGGAGAAGCUGGAAGCUUGAUUUUUCCAGCCAGCAAUACUGUAAUCACCUGUACCAGUACCGGUAGCAAUGACGGCACAAAAAGCAACCACAGCAAGGACAGCCAUUCCAGGGAAGCCAAACUAUUUGAAUCUCACAAGAUCCAGGCAGCAGUGGCGCUACGGGUCAUGGAGGCCCAAGACAAAAUGACGACGCCAUUUUCAAGUCGCCAACGAGUGCUGCAGAAAGGAUUUCCAUCAAAUCUACAGUGGAAACCGUGUGUACUAGAAAGAAUAUUUCAGCAAAAACUAAAAUGGAAGUCAAAACAAGGCAAACCCAUGGAAAUCAACAUUGCUGUUGUGGGUGGAUCCACAGCUGCUAGGCCAGGCAACCGAUGCCCCCUCCAAGUUGAGGAUACCAGCUCACAGGUACCGGUACAAGCAAAGACUAGUCCUGAUGGCAGACACGGUGGACAACUACAUCAAAAACUACAUCAGGAAUUUGACCAUCACAAGUCACUACUCAAUGCUACAACUUUGGGCAGGGAUGAAAGCUCCAUGAAAUUCCAGGUACGCACUUAUGCUCAAGGUGGAAUCAACUCAGUGACCUCUUCUCUAUUGAUGGACAGCUACAUCAAUCCAAACAACACAGAUAUCAUCAUUUGGGAUUUCUUGGUCAAUGGUACGUAUUUGCCAAUGCAAAAUAGUAAAGACAAGAGACAAUUUGUUCAUCCAAACCUAACUGUCAUCCAUUUGUCAUCCAAAUUGUGCUCGCUCACAAUAGAUGAUGCUGCCAGUGGUGGCGAAGAAGAACAGCUUAGAAAACUGGACUUUUGGUUGACACGGGUACAUGCACACUUCACACAAGGUGGGAGGCCACCACCACCCAUUGUCUUGCUCUGCUUGUGGGGAAAUGGAGCCAAGAACAAGGUACUCAACAACAAGGGAAAACCCAACAAUGAGAUAAUCAAUAUACUGGAUCGACAACCAGCCAGGUAUUUUGGUGGAUUACUGGGAAAAUACAUCAACUUGGGCUGGGAUAUUGCCAUGGUCAAUGUUGGUGCAGCUAUCAAUGCUACAGCCCUAAGCCAAAAUGUCAAUCUGCUUCUCGACGAUACCAAUCAUCCCAGUUGUGCUGGAACCAGCUUGAUUGGAGACAUGAUACAGCAUCUUUUCUAUAACAAUGUUGCCAGCAAAUCAUGUACUCUACAAAGAGCUCUUGCAGAAUCACCACUGACACCAACCAUUCCACUACCUCAUCGGCUCAGAGAGGCCAAACUGCCCAAAACCAAGGCACAGUGGACACCCUUGUGGCGUGACUUGUUUCGGGAGGAUGCCAGGAUUGGCUCUGUAUCUGUGUGGCAACCUGUGGAAGUGAACCAGACCAAUCUACACCUGUUGCCAGGGUGGCAGGCAUCCAUAAACACCUGGCCGACCAAGAACACUGCGAAACACACACCUGGUCGAUCGGAUAUUAAGAAUGGCUUGGUUUUGCCAAAGUGUGCCAAUCGCACAAUCUCCAAAAUGCUCAACUUCCACCUCCAAGAACCAGAUCUCAAAUGGAUUGGUCUCAAUAUGCAGGGCAGAAAAACUCAUGUGUAUGUCAACGGGGAGGCAAUCAAGGAUGGAGGACUUGCCAAAGACUGGUGUUUUGGAACAACUCAAGUUUCACAUUGGAUCAACUUGAGGAAGUAUCCAAACAUCAAGGUGUCAGAAGAAGGCAUCUACACAGUUUCUUUUUGCCAUGGCAUGGCCAGCAGUGUCACGAAGGAAAGUCAGCUUGCACCAACUCUGUCGUUUCUGAUUGGGGUCACUAUGCAGGAUGACACGCAGCUGACUGACCAGGCAAAAAGAUAA